AUGGCAAUCAGGCGAUUCAUUGUCAGACGAGGUGCACCCUUGGAAAUAUUUUCGGACAAUGGCACUAACUUCAUCGCCGCUAGUAAGGAGUUCGUACAGAGGAUCAAGGACAUUGAACUGGAGUGUGCUGACAACUUCACUGACGCUAGAACUCGAUGGAAUUUUAAUCCGCCAGCAGCUCCCCAUAUGGGCGGAAUAUGGGAGCGGCUAGUGAAGUCCGCAAAGGAUGCACUGAAGGGACUACACGAUGGCUGUAAAUUGAACGACGAAAUCCUUCUAACCGUGUUAUCGGAAGCGGAGGAUAUGGUAAACUCUCGGCCCCUCACGUACGUACCACAAGAAUCAGCCGAAGCCGAAUCUCUUACGCCGAACCAUUUUCUUCGGGGGCUACCUGCUGGAGAACGCGAAGAAGUAAAUAUGCCGACAAGUUCUGCUGAAGCGUUGCGGGACAAUUUCAAGCGAUCUCAACAGUUGGCAGACGUACUAUGGCAACGAUGGCUGAAAGAAUACAUACCGACCAUUAAUCACCGGACCAAAUGGUUCACUGAGCAAGAACCUAUCGAGGAAGGAGAGUUGGUGUAUAUUGUCGACGGGAACAAUCGAAGGACCUGGAUUCGGGGCAAAGUGGAGAAAGUGAUACGAGGCGCAGAUGGAAGAGUUCGACAAGCUCUGGUGAGAACGUCUAAGGGACUAUACCGUCGAGCUGUGGCUAAGCUUGCAGUGAUGGAGUUAAGGAGUAAAUCUGGCCAACUGACGGAAAUUGGACCAGAGUUACGGAAGGGGGAACUGUUACCAUCACCACUGGGCAAAUCACCGGUGGGCAUGCUGACAGGUCGACCUUAA